UUUGAAUUUUACUGUCGUGUCUGUUGUCUUAUCUCUCUUCCAUUCCUUCUUUAACCUGCUUGCUUCAACUCAUUAUUUUGAUACAGACUUGGAUGAUUCUCUCUAUACCUAUACUGUUGAAUGUUCCCCACUCUCCUACACUCACAUACCUUUCUCAGUUUUUCUUCGCCUUAUUCGAUUUCGGCUUUCAACCACUAGUAGAACCUAUAAUUCGCAAUUCGCAUUAGAUAAAUAUUGUACUUCUCGCAAGUGUAAGCAAUAAUUUUAACUGUUGUGAAUUGAUUCAUUAUGUUACAUGUUGAUGAGUACCAAUCAACAUCAUCUGAUAGUUCUCCUCCACCUUUCGAUGCCACGCCGAAAAAAGCAGUAUUUGGCAUAGAUUUAGGCGGAACUCGCACCCGUGUGUCGAUUAUGAGACAAAAGGAAUAUUCUGUAGAAGGCGAUUUGGAACCGAUAGUCAUCAAGGAUAUUCCAUCGGUUGUUUCUUUUCUUAAAGAUGGCAAAUGUCUGGUUGGUUGGGCUGCUGAAAAAAGAACAGUUGCAAGUCCUUUGAAUACAUUCUACACGACGAAACGAUUGAUAGGCAGACGCUACGACGAUCCUGUCGUUCAAGAAACAAGGAAUCGCUGUGGUUUUAAAAUUCACAAAUACACCGACGGACAUACCUGUUUUCUAAGCAGCAAUCGAAAUACAGUUUUCAUUCCAGUUCAAAUAGAAGCUUUAAUUUUACUCAAAGUAAAGGAACUUUGCAUAGGUGAAUCGAAUAGUAUACCUGUGGAAAACGUUGUGCUCACUGUACCGCCGUAUUUCAACGAUAACCAAAUACAAAUUACCAAAGAAGCAGCCUCAAUUGCAGGAUUAAAUGUCUUGGGUGUGAUAAAUACUCCUGUUGCUGCCGUCCUUGCUUACUCUAUAUCCCAUGAAACUUUGCGUGGUAGCAAGACUGUUGUUGUUUACGAUUUUGGCGGCAGUACCUUUCAUGUAACAGUUUUGAAAAUUACCGAAGACGCUACCGAUCCUGAAGUGUUAUCUACUCUGGAAGAUUUAUCUUUAGGCGGAGAUGAUAUUGAUAAAAAGUUGGUCGAUUACUUGGUCACCGAAUUGGAACGUCAAACUGGAAUCAAUCCCAGGCUAUUGGCGACCUUCAUGCAAUGUAUUAAAUUGUCUGCCGAAAACGCUAAAAUAGAUCUGUGUGCUUAUCCCGAAGUCGACGUGAAUUUUUGGGCUAUUCGUACCCCUGGUCAAGAUCCGCGAGUUGAACGAGUAUCCAUUAGGCUGACCAGAAAUCAUUUCGAAGAAAUAGUCGCAGAAUUAAUCAAUAAAACAAUUGGCUUAUGCCAAAAAGCGUUAGAAGAAGCCAAAAUAUCAACGUCAGAUAUCGAUGAAGUUUUAGCAGUCGGUGGUACAUGCAAAAUACCAAGGGUACGAACCACCAUUCAAGAAAUUUUCGGCAGGGAGCCCAUUGGAGGUGCAAGGGACAUCGAUCGUGCCAACUCUGUGGCAGUCGGAGCAGCCAUUCGAGGCCAUGUUUUAAUACCUGAAAUUCCCAACGCACAACAACCACCCGAUCAUCUAAUCAGCGUUCCAAAACCUGUAACGGAGGAUGAAAAAUUCAAUUUUCGAGCAAUGGACGAUGAUCCAGAUAUGGAUGCGAUUUCAAUCAACUACGUACGAUCAAACAUAUUGUCGGUAUACACGGAAGAAGAAGCGGAUUCAAUCGUUUUAAAAAAGUGCACGCCCGCUCCGGGAAAUCCUCCUGAUGAUCCAGAUGUUAAUUUCAUUAUAGCUUACAAGAGUUUAACAAAAAUGAGGAGAAGUAGAGAUGUGCCGCGCCUAAACCAAGAAUUAGAAGAUCAGUUCGAUUUUUUCCGACAAGGCAGAAAUGAAUUUGUGGAAAAAGAAUUGACUCGUAUGUGUGACGAACGGUCACCACGUUCUUGACUCUGCUUCGUGUAAAAAGUUUACUAUAUAUGGGUACUGCGAUGGUUAACAUUUUUUUUUUAAUAUUGAAAAACUUUUUUUAAAUCGGUCUACAUAAUAUUUGUAUUUUAAAUAAUUUUAUUUCGAAUCAACGUUGUUGCUAAGAAGAUUCGAUGUGUUACUUAUGUGUGCUCAAUUUUUAAUAAACACUUCUUUGUGAUUUGAAUCUUAAAAUGUGAAUACAUGCCUAUUAUUCUUACUUCGAUGAUUUGAAUUUGGAAAAUCAACUGCUUCGUGUAAAAAGUUUACUAUAUAUGGGUACUGCGAUGGUUAACAUUUUUUUUUUGAAUAUUGAAAAACUUUUUUUAAAUCGGUCUACAUAAUAUUUGUAUUUUAAAUAAUUUUAUUUCGAAUCAACGUUGUUGCUAAGAAGAUUCGAUGUGUUACUUAUGUGUGCUCAAUUUUUAAUAAACACUUCUUUGUGAUUUGAAUCUUAAAAUGUGAAUACAUGCCUAUUAUUCUUAAUUGUAAAAUGAUGGCAAUGUUUUGAUAAUUUAUUUAACUCGAGAUUCGAGCUUUACCAAUAAUGUACAAAGUGAAUUUUUAUAUCUUAAAUUAUUAUUUUGCUUUUGAUAA